UUCAAAAAGGUACGUUUCGUCUAGGCCCCUGGUUGAAUAAAAUCAAGGAAUGCGGGCGCAAACCUAGAAACUAAAAACUCCUUCAAAAUUGGUCUGUCUGAAUCCUGUAGAACAACCUUUAAUUGAAUGAAGUGGUAAGAAGAGGACACAGGAGAGGAGAUUGAAAGCAUGGCAUCGUCGGAUGUGGUGAUCAUUCUUGGUGUUCUGUGUGCAGCGUUUGUCAUUAUUCUUAUCCUGGUAGCAGUUUUCUUAUGUCUUCGGAUCCUAAAACGGAGGAGGAAACUGAAGCUUCGGGAUGACAUGGAGAGAAAUCGCCUCCUCGUCGAUGAACUCAUAGGCAACAACAAUACAACGGGAGUACCGGCAAUGGCUGAGAGCGUCAUCGUGCUACCGGCACAGCAAGAAAUAGACGGUCGAGGGAACUGUAGCGAUCUUCAGGCUCAAGUCGCGUGUAGUGGGGUACAUUUACAAUCCCCAGGAUGUCCAACAGCAGAGGAACCGUCUGGGCGACCAUCAAUGCCUUCCCGAAAGGCAGACGUGAAGCGCAAGCUGCACAAGCGGAAGCGAUGGUCCAAAACGUGCACAAGAGACGAUGCACCUUCCUCGAACCCGACAACCCUGACUGAUGAUCCCUAUCGCAUUCGUUCGAAAUCACUCGAUACCUCACUGCACCCUCCCUCACCAACAAGCCCUCCUUUGAUUCGCGUUGGAAGCUGGCUCUCACUGGACACUGAAUCAGACGCCUCCAGCGCGUUUUCCGAUUCGAUUUCGGCCUCAGCGUCACUAGCAACUCGCUCUGAGGCAGAGGAAGCAGUAGAAGACACCCGACCAGGAGUAGACCCAAAGCGUCGCAAAUCGGGUAAAAGUAACAAAUUGUCAGGUCGGAUCGCACUUGAUUACAGUAUUUACUACUCCUCGGCUGAGUCCACUCUCGUUCUUUCCGUCAAGGGGAUCAAAGGGAUACCGAUUAAGUACAGCCCUUCCUGCACAUCGUUUGUGAGGGUGUAUCUGCUACCGAAGGCAGGUGGAGGCUACCUUCAGACGUGCACCGUGCGUAAUUCCCUGGAGCCUAUAUUCAAUGACCAACUGCAAUUCAAUAAAAUUUCACUGCAGGAGGUUUGGGUAAAUAGCCUAAGGUUCAAGUUGUACGUAAAAGGACCUAGGGGAGGUCAUCAUGAAAGCCUCGCAGAGGCAACCAGACACUGUGUGAUGCUAAUACGGGAAGCAGAUGAAGUUUAUGAAGUGACCGAGUCACUGAAGCUCAAGCGCAGCAAAUGGAUGCGUAGGUCCUUAACAGUGCCUACAUUGCAGAUCAGUGAGCCGCAACCUAGGGACAACAGACAUCCCACACCCAUGACACAUUCCCCUGAAGGUCUCAGAGACUUAUUUGUCUCAAUUCAGUACCAGCCCACAGCCAGUCGAUUCAAAGUGAUGGUGAGAAAAGCCGACCACUUGAGCAAGGGAAGCCAUUUACCUGGCACACCACCUUCCAUUGGUACGAGAAAGUUGUAAAUUAUUCCCUAAGGCAUUUGUGGACAAUACACCUGAAUAAAUGUUAAAAUUUAGUCAUAAUGCCAAAUGAACAUAAUUAA